AUGAAAGCAUUAGAGAAUCGUACAUUGGAUUCGAAACGAGAAAUGGAUAUUUUAGAUGCAUUAGAUGAAAUUAGAACAAGAAAUGCGAGAAAUGAACGAGUUGAUGCAGAUGCAUUGGUGGCGAAAGCUAUAUUUAAUACGGUAGAUGGAGAUAAAGUUAAAAGAGUCGCAGAUGAUGAACCGGAACUUUCACAAUUACUUUCUGAAUCAGCAAAAUCUUUUGUUAUACCGAAAUUCAAUAGCACAAGUUCAGCUGAUAAAAAUAAAGUCGUAGAGAAUUCGACUAAACGAAAAAAUGUGGGAUCCGAACUUGGAAUUAUGAUCAAAAAGAAAAAAACAAACAAUAAUUCUUUGUUGGUAGAUUAUGGAUCUUCCGAUUCGGAAGAUUCAUAA